AUGAAUGCAUCAUUCGACCCCCAGACGGUUGCUGCUGUUGUAGCAUUGGGACUUCUCUGCCGUUGGCUCCUCGCACUUUGGUACAACACUGUCAAUCUCCCGCCGGGUCCGACGGGGCUUCCGUUUCUGGGAAAUGUGCAUCAAAUUCCGCUGCAAUACCCCCACAAGACGUUGUACGAAUGGGGUCAGCGAUAUGGCGACAUCAUCCAUGCGCGGUUAUUUCGGAAACAUGUGCUAGUCCUGGACUCUACAAAAGCUGCAGAAGACUUGUUGGAUAAGAGAGCCGCCAAGUAUUCUGACCGCCCGCAUUUUACUCUACUUGUAGAUUUGUUACAAUGGAAGCCUCUCAUGGUGUUCAUGUCUCAAGGCGAAACAUUCCGGCUUCAUCGCAAAUGGUAUCAAUCAUUCCUCGAAAACAGACAGUCCCUCCGCACAUAUGAAUCAAUGCAACAAUGUGAGGUGGACCGCCUUUUACUCGCCCUGCUCGAGAGCCCCGAAAACGUCGCAUAUCAUUUGAAGCGGUUUACGGGCUCGUUGAUGCUUGAGAUUGCAUACGGGUAUACAGAAACCUCGGAGAAGGACGCUUACAUACGCCUGGCGUCAGAGACCAUUACUCAGUCUCUGGAGGCCGGAAGCUUGGUCGCGAGCCUUGUCGACUUCAUUCCUAUACUGUUAUAUCUUCCGCACUGGUUCCCAGGUGGGGGUUUCAAGUCAAAUGCAAUGAAGUUGCGCGGGCGUGUCUGGCAAAUCAUGGAGUCUCCCUUUCGAUAUGUCCAGCAAGCGAUUACAUGUAGCACUGCAAGGCCAUCGUUUACAUCGUUCAUGAUCGAUCAGACCGCAAAGGAAGGGCAACUCACUGAGGAAGAUGAGCUUAACAUCAAAGGCGCUGCAAUUUUGAUGUACUCAGGUCAGCUAGAUUCUUAUGAUGUCGAUGACUCGCUGAAUGGCAGGCUUGAAUUAGGCGGAACUGAUACUACGAACACUGCCCUCUUGACUCUUGUACUCACUGUUGCCCUCCACUCUGAUGUUUUACGCAAAGCUCAGGCAGAAAUUGACGAAAAGAUUGGACCGAGCAGGUUGCCAACGCUGGAAGAUAGGGCAUCAUUACCUUACGUCGAGUGUAUUGUCAAGGAGGCAUAUCGCUGGAAUCCGGUUUUACCUGCUGGCAUCCCACACCAACUGAGGGAGGAUGAUGAAUAUCGUGGCUAUCACAUUCCACGAGGGUCGAUGGUCAUCUUGAAUAUCUGGCAAGGCAAUGACGCGGGAUUCUGCAACCUAUCCUGA